AUGGCUUUCUCAAAAGAUGUUAUUGACAGAUUUUUGAGUGGAGAUCUUGGAGCUCUCGGACUUUCAGGACCUUCAGAAUCACUUCCACACCUUGACGAUGACCAAAUGAAGCAGUUUACAUCAGGAGACUAUGGAGCUUUGGGUCUACCUGCACCGUCAUCUCUGCCUACUCCAGAAAAGGUUCGACAAGAGGCCAAAGAACGAUCUACCGAGGUGUUGUCUUAUUGGAAUAGACUAAGACAGAUAUUGGAGAGGCAUGAGGAUGUCAUACGAAAACGAUGGAUGAAGAAAUCAAAAGCUCAUCGAUCUAAAAUUAUCUUACAAGCAUGGCCAGGAAUGUCUGCGACUCAUCGUCCGGAUUUUGAGGCAUUGAUUAAGGAGGGAAGUCAGCUGAAAACCAACGGUACAAAGCACAGGGAAGCGUAUCUAUGGCCAUAUCUCAACGUGGAAGAUUUGGUUAGAGGGAAAACCUUUCUUCUUUUAAUCAACUCUAGAGGCCGGCAUCCACCUCACGUCUUCGCACAUACGGAUUUUGAAGCCACGCAGCUCGGCCGUGUUAGUGCUGCCACCAUGCCAGCUUUUCUUAAUGUUCAUACUAUGCUGCUUGAGGGAGAAACAGUCCAAACUUACGGUCGUCUUAUUUCUUGGGAUGAAGAUGAAGAUGCUAUGAUGGACACAUUCGCUGGCCUUGCACACCUACCAGGAUCGGGACUCAUGAUCUUGGAAAUACAACAAAGACUACUAGAUCUGCUAGUAAAGUGCUGUGAGGCACUGCUCCACGACAUUGAUGCUGAUUCUUUGAUCACCAAGGCAUCGAUCAAGCCAGAACCGCCUCAACUCACAGAUGGUUCGGAUUGGUCGACCAUUGCAGCUGUAGCUGCAGAAGCGCCUUACCGCCUACCUUCCAAACUCGAUUUCAGUCGUCUCCAGGCCAUCGUUGAGGCAAGACGAAUGAGUGCUGAGGAUUAUAUUCGAGACUUGAGAGAAGAUCCUGGCUAUUUUGCCGAAGUUUUGGGUGACUGGAGCGAACAUAGACAGGAAAAAUUGCUUGACACCUUUGGAAACCGACAUCCUACGCUUGAUAGACCACUUUUCUGGGAAUAUGUCAUUGGAAACGUUGUCUCCGAUGCGUAUGGUGCUUUGAUCGUAUGGGAGAACGUCGCUCAGCAACUCAAGCACUUGGCCUUUCUGCAGAAGAAGUAUGCGUCUAAAAUUACACCAAAAAAGCAAUUACCAUCAGAAUACAUGAAGGCAUUGUUGACGCUGAGAUAUACGCUAAGCCAGAUGGCGAAAGGCCCAAUAAGAAAUUUGAAGAUGGCAGUUCCAGCAUCGCCACCAUAUCGUUCAAAAUUCGUUCGUGAGCCACAAGUACCAGGUUCUACAAUGAUCCAAGUUCGGAGUAAAGGAGGACAGGAUGAGAUGAUGUGGCUUUUCAACAGUCUCUGGAAUGACCAGCAGCUUCUCCUCAUGACCCUACCUACACUAGUAGAUGAAAUUGAAAGCAGAAUUGAACGUGAUCCAAAAGAAAAAGCAAAAUUUUCGGCUCUGGUUACACGAAUCUUUUCUGAUCUUGGUCUCAUCUCGCGGAUCUAUCAUGAACUGGACAUAUAUCUGCCAUGGGCUGCUGGUUACGAUAAUGCGAUGGUAGAGCAUAAAGAUCAGAUUGAGAAGGAGUUUCCUAAGCAGCUCAGUUUACUUGCCAGCAUGGAUCGCCAUCUCAAAGCUACCGGCUUAGCUAAAUUCGGAUCUCCAGCCGAGGGACGCUUCCAUUAUCCAUCGGAUAAACGAAGAAACCAACAGAAUACGGAGAGCAUGAGGAAAGCUGAAUAUAACUUGGACGAGUUUUGGCAGAAAAUGGACGAGGUCUACCAAAGAAACACUGGUCAAACAUUAACUCAGGCUGUCAAGCAUAUUUGUACCGCCGUGCGUCCGCUAGAGCGGACACCUGAAUGGGUCGAGCCAAUAAAGGUACCAAAAACUAAAUCUCAGGAAAGAACUGGUCGCGAUGAAGCCUCUCCAAUACCACAAUUUGACUCCGACGAUGCUCCUAAAUUUGUUGCUCCACAACCAAAGUCAAAGCCCAAGACUCGCGGUCCAGCGAUUACUAUCAAAUCUCAAACUACAUUAGCAACAGCAGCAACUCCGGAUUCUCAAACAACAUUCAAGCUCAAAGCCCGAGCAAUCAAAGUCUUCAAAGUUCUCUUCUGGCAACCAUCUCUCAAUGAUCUCCCGGGCGAAAUUCCCUGGGCGGAUUUCCUCUACGCAAUGACAUCUACGGGCUUUGCGGCUGAAAAACAGUACGGUUCGGUAUGGCAGUUUACGCCUACGAAAUUGGAUGUUGAGCGGAGUAUUCAGUUUCAUGAACCGCAUCCUUCGGGGAAAAUUGCGUUUCGCACGGCGAGGAGAAUGGGGAGACGUUUGGGCAGAUCGUAUGGUUGGGAGGGGGGGAUGUUUGUUCUUGAGUAG